AUGAUGAAAUAUUUUAAUAUUCCAAUUGAAUUACCAACAAUAAGAUUCAAAAAUGUAGAUAGACAGAAAUUAAUUAAUGAAGAUGUCGAAAGUUUGUUUGAUGAUACAAUAGAUGUCAAUAAAAAUCAAAUGAUAGAAACAAUAGAAGAUUCUGGUAAUACAUUGAAUAACUCUAUAACAAAAAAUCAUCGAGUCGUAGAUGUACUUAUUGAAAAUUUAAAUUUACCAAGCGUAUCUAUCACCGAUAAUAUAAAGAUAAACGUCAGUCCUAUAGUUGGAUAUACAAAUGAACCUUUAUUACCACUUCAUAAAGCAUGUGCUCCUUUGAAAAAAAUUCUUCAUGAUUUAUCAUUCUAUAUUGAAAUGGCACUUCAUGAAACUUCCGAAAUGUCAUCAAGUGGAUUAACAAUUGAUGAAAGUGCUGCAAUUCGUCUUUAUACAAUCGAAUAG